UGCGCAAUAAAUGCUCGCAAUUUCUAAUUACAGGCAUUCGAGAAAUUACUUAAUGUGGCUCUCUGCACUUAAUUGAAUACGAAGGCCUUAGCGCAAUACAUGCGCGCAAUUUCUAAUUACAGGCAUUCAAGUAUUUACUGAAUGCUCUCUGCGCUCAACAAUAUUCAUCAAUAUAAAAUAUCAUUAUCCCCUGUGGUCUAAACCAUGUGUUAUAGCUCAAAGCUCACAGUUAGCAACAGACUACGAUAUUGAUCGCAUUGAAAAUAUACCGGCCGCCAGUUCAAGGGUGAGGAUAGAUUGCUCCGUUGUCCGGCUGUGAAAGCUAUUAGUGUCCAAUGAGUWGGUCUUGGUAGACCAAUCUUAAAACUAAUCUUUCACAAUCUUCUUUUGCUCAGGAAAAUAAACGAACGACGGAAUAUAUAAGUGAAAUAAUACUAUAAGCGAAAGUAAAAAUGAAAAAAGUAAAAAUGCCAGAGAAAAUGCAUAACGAGAACGAAUUAGAUAAGCGACGCAAUUAAACUGAGUGAUCAUUGAAUAAUAAAUUCUUGCUGAGACGUUCUGUCAGGCUGAUUGUCUAUUUAUAGAGUGGCAUGAUAUAUACGAGGUUUUUUCAAAUUAGAUAAAAUAGAGUCCACUCACUCAGAGAGAGGGCGUUAAACUCGUUGGAGUGAUAUUGCACUUAACACCUUAGGAGUKUUUUGUAUGGCUUUGGUUGCACAGAGGGAAGGAUGGGGAAUUGUUACUCUUAAAUAACUAGAAGGGAAGAGGAAUUUAAAUAAUUAAAUAAAUGAAUAUAUGAACAAAAAAURAAUGGCUGGACGAAUGAAUGAACAGAUAGAAUGGAGAGAAAAUGAAUAGAUGAACAAAUGAAUACACUUACAAAUGAAUGAAGGACGAAAUGAAUAGAAUAAUGAUAAAACAGAUAGAAUGUGGAUGAAUGAAAUKGAUCAAUAAACGAAUUGAAUUCCUUAUUGAAUGAGAAGCGGRAAAAGAAAUGACAGAAAGAGAAGAACUACGGAAAGAAAUAUCCAAAUGAAUAUAUAUCUGAACAAGAGAUCUGAAUAGAUUUUUUUAUUUCUGAUGACUUUGCAGUCGUUUCAAGUACAUGCGAUCGCUGUCAUUAGUUCACAUUCAAGUUACAAUACUUGAAACAACAAUAUCCUUCCUCCCAAGACAAAUAUAAUUUGUUCUUUAGAGAAAUACAAURGUAGAACCACCCGUUAAACACGAUGUACAUUAUGUGAGUUAUAUAAACUUCCGUUUCAGCAAAAAAUCAAGAUUUUAUCUUCAUCUUUAUCGUAAAAUUUUCCAAGUUAAGAUAAAGUUGACACUUUUUUACUGUCGUGUUUGUCUUUCUUAAGUCAUUAUUUGAAAUGUGAGUUGACAACUCUUAUAACUAUAUCGAACGGAAUCUCUUUAGGUUGAGUAAUAUGGAAUUGAUAAUAACACUUGUUCAUAUUUGCCCAGCGAAUAAGUGUCCUUUCUUUUCAUACAAAGCUUUUUUACUCCAAAAUCCUCCAAAUACUUAUUGACUUUAGUCAACAUGAUAUUCUGUCAGUUGUAAAGCUUCCUGGAAACUUCAGUCUGUGAUUGGUUAAUCACAUCGAAACACGUCACAUAUUCAUGAAUUAUGAUUGGCUGACUACAUGAUGAUGUCAUAGAGAUUGCUUCCUGUCAUGUUUUCAUUGGUUAAAUUCUCAAUUUAUCUAAUGGGGAGUGAUGGUGUAAAAUUGAUGUCAACCGCAUUGCCAAGCUGGCGACUCAUAGUUCCGUCAACCGGUGAGCAAUUCUUGGGGGUGAAUGAACAUUGAUGAAACGGAUUUUUUAUUUGGCGUGAAGACAGCACUUUGACUGUAAACAUCUUUAAGCUUCAGGAAACUGAGACGAUUUCUGCUCGAAGAUCAAAUUUCCAAGGAAGCCAAGCUAUAAAGAUUACAAUCACCAGACGUUACAAGAAAGAGUCAUUGAUCACCAGAGAAAGUACAAGGCAAAGAACGUAAAGUAAAACAAAGGGAGUCAAAAAAAAAUGACUGUGAACAAUUCUUCAGUGCCGUUUCUUGCAGCUUCUAACGGUACCCAAGAACAAACUUACAGAGCUCUGCCAGAUAGCUUGGUGGUCUCCUUGACGAUAGUUUACGUCAUCACAUUCCUGAUCGCCAUCCCUGGCAACGCGCUGGGUCUAUUUGUCGUGUAUCGCAGGCGCAGCUUUAGGAAUACCAUGAACCUUUUGAUAAUGAACAUGUGUUUGGCUGACUUCCUGUUUAUUGUCAUGGUAACGCCGAUGAACUUCAUGUACAUCUUUAGGACAUCCUGGAUUCCUGGGUUGCCAGGAGACGUGAUAUGCAAAGUUUCCCAGUAUGGAUUUGUGGUUACUAUGGCAGCGUCCAUACUGACAAUAUUGUUCAUUUCUUGCGAGCGUUUCUUUGCGAUUUGUUACCCGCUCAAAGGAAAGCUACUGCGCAGGCCUAGAGUCGUUACCGCGUGGAUCUGGUUACUGUCCUUUGUUCUGAUGUCGCCGUAUGCUGUUUUGUAUAAGAAUAUAUAUGUGCCGCAGCCUAGCCAAGGCGUAUGGUACUGUACCAUGUGGAUACCUGGCGAACAGAAACGACAAACUGUAUUGCGGAUUCACUACCUUAUACUCUUUGUUGUUCUUUAUGCCUUCCCAGUCGUACUUAUCGCGGGCCUUAAUUCCAUCAUCGUCUAUCGACUAGCCUUCUGCCGAAUGCCCGGUGAAUCCCAAGGUGCAUCACGCGAGGUCGCCAUGCGAUUCCGACACAAGGCUGUAAAGAUGUUGAUCGCUCUUUUGACWGUGUUUGCGAUUUGUUGGCUUCCAACUCACCUGAYACAUUACCUAAUGACGUCACAGCAACAUAUCCUUCGUCUUCUGCCCAGGGGGGUGCCGUAUUUCUCAUUUUGGCUGGGACAUUUCAACAGUGUGUUGAAUCCAAUCAUCUACGUUUUGCUGAGCGAUAACUUUAGGCGRGACUUUAAGAUGAUCGUUCUGGGYAACCCAAAACGAAGCAAAACUUUUUCCGUUAAAGCUACUACUUCCGUCAUGCUCUCAUCACGUGAACGAUCCGGAAGUGGRUUAGGCAGGUUCUCUCGCAGACUAAGUGAGACUCUUAGUUUGAAGUCAUUUCCAAGAACUCCGUCGAUUCGUCAUGCUACUAGUCCAGUUGAGUGCAUGUCUAUGGCUGCGGAUAAUAGAAGCGACGGAGAAGAAUUAUAGUCACGCAGUUUACKUUUACGUGAAAGAGCUUACGUGUCUAUCUAUGGUAAACUCAAUUCCCUCUUGACAAUGGACUGUAGAAUUUAGUAACAAGAAAAAGUUGAGGGAAAUGGGUAUUAACGUUUGCGCAAAGAGCUUACGUGUCUUAUGUACGUAUAAAGCUCUCAUGACAGUGUACAGUAGAAUGAAGGAAGUUUGAAGAAUGUAGUAUUUGAGAGGGUAUUUGCGUUAACGUUUAAAAGAUUACGAGUUUUUGAUACUUUCAUUUCUCUCAUAUCAAUACCGGUCAACGGAAAUGAUUUGAAAUCAAAAGAAUAUAAUCUACAAUCUUGGACAUAAAUGUUGACAAUUUUUACGCACGCACGAAAUUUCUAACAUUCUUCGWCGAUAAAACCUUACUCGUGCCCCCCUUCCCCCAAUACAAUGUUGUGUGGCUUUCUUUUCAUUGGUUGUCCAUUCAUUAACCCCUGCWUGCAACAUUGAUGCGGGAGGGGAGGGAGGGAAGGGGAAUAUUUUYAGUUUAUGCACACGAUACAGUAUUUGUAAUGCUCCAGCGAAAAAUUGUCAAGUAUUUAUGUCCACGAUUGUGGGUAAGUCAGCGAUACGGGAAUCUAUGUUUACGUAAAGAGCUUACGCGUCUCAUUAUUUUCGUUUAUUUCCAAUUUCAGACGCUGUUAGAUUUAUGAUGUAAAUAUUGUUUAAAGUAUGUUAUGAUAUCACUAAAAUCCAUAACUAGAAUCGUUUCACUUUGCGCUUAGAGUGAAGUCAUAAAAUUCAUGAAAAAAAACAUAUAAUCCGUGAACAAUGGAAUUAGAGUGUACUAAGRUGUAUUAGUGUAAUAUCUAUCUCACAGGUUUUUUGACCUCACUCUAAGGUUUGCACUCCUAGUAGCUAAUCUACCACUAUUUUUGUUUUAACUAUUUUUUCAUGUGUUAAAUAGAGGAUAUUACAUGGGCGCGCGGAGAUACUGAUUUUAUCUUCGAGUGUUGUGAAAAGAUCUGCCACGAGUGAGCGUAACGACAAGAUAAAAUUCGUAUCUCCAAGCGACCAUGUAAUAUUCUGUUUAUCUUGUUAUUGCAUAUAAGAGCAGAUUAUGUUGUAAAAUACCUAUUUUCUUAAGCUUCUACUAUAUAGAGAAACUUCGAAUGUGUUAUUUUCACAAAUGAAGAUAACAUGAAAAUAACAACUUUACAAAAUCGRGACAAAAAUAGGUAUUUCAUAGAUAAUUAUGAUAAGUGUAAUUAGUAAAUACUGUCAGUUCCUCGACUCAACUAAAACGCUCGGGUUAUGUGGGUUUUUCAGGUUUCUGUGUCCURKAGAAACUCACGAGGGYGACAAUUACGUAAAUAAUGAUAUCUUGAUUGGGCAUGGGAGAAGUUUCUGAUAUACUACCCUCAUCUUAGGAAACCUAGGGGGCACUGCUGAGUACUGACGCUCAUAUCGUUGCACGACUAUCUAUAACUCAAUCGUGGAUGGUUGAACGUUAGGUUCUUUACAAUAUAACUUACGGGGAAUAUUAUUGUACAAAGGAAUAUAUUAUUGUAGAUAUUAUAGGUGAGUUUGAGUGCGUUCAGUAUAAGUGURGAACCUGCGCAAAUUGUACAAAAUCAGCGUAAUUUUAGUUUGUUUGUUUUAUUAUAGCCUCUCACGGCAACAUUGAACUAGUGUUAUUUGUAUUCACGCCUAUAUUGAAAGCRCUCUACCCAGUUAUAUCAGUUAAUGCUUAAAACUGUAUUAUUGAUGCGUAUUCAAUGCAAUAAAGACUAGUGAAUGUCA